GUGUGCAGGGGAGACCAAGCCCUAUUGGGAGCAUGGUGAGCCUCUCUGCCAAGUGUUCAACUCUCUCAGUAACUCUCUGGGCAAAUCUUGGAGCCACUUGACUCUAUCUGACACCUCUGUGCCGUGGUUCACAAUCUCGAGCUAAAAGCUGAACCGAUGCAUCAGCAUGUGAGUUGUGUUAAUGGAAAACAAUGGUAAGCUUACCCUCCCCCACCUCUCCCUCUCUUUAUGUAUACAUAUACACUUCAGGCCCCCCUCUCCGAAGAGCCAAACCCAUCACCCCAUUCCUUCAACGCUUUGCACCACCAAUCCCCAUGAAAAGUGCCUCCCUUUCUCUUCCACUCUCUCCCUCCACCUCCUCCUCCUCUUCCAACUCUUGCACUCUGUCCUCCUCUUCUGCGUUCCAAGUGAGCAAGCCCAGGAAACCCAGGCGUGCGAAGAAAGGUGCCAACCCAGAUAAGAAGAGGUUGGGCAAUGGCAAGAGAAGCUCGGCCUUCAGAGGAGUCACUAGGCAUAGAUGGACGGGGAGGUAUGAAGCUCACCUCUGGGACAAGCACUGCUGGAACCCCAUUCAGAACAAGAAAGGAAGGCAAGUUUAUUUGGGUGCUUAUGAUGAUGAGGAAGCUGCAGCACGCGCCUACGACCUCGCUGCUCUCAAAUACUGGGGUCCGGAAUCAGCUCUAAAUUUUCCAUUUGUCACGCACACAAAAGAGUAUGAGGAGAUGCAGAACAUGUCAAAGGAAGAGUACUUAGCUUCCCUCCGGCGGCGGAGCAAUGGGUUCUCCAGAGGUGUCUCCAAGUACCGUGGCGUGGCCAGGCAUCAUCAUAAUGGCCGGUGGGAAGCAAGGAUCGGAAGAGUUUUUGGCAACAAGUACCUCUAUUUGGGAACUUUCGGUACUGAGGAGGAGGCAGCCCAGGCGUACGAUCUUGCCGCUAUAGAGUACAGAGGCCCCAAUGCAGUCACCAACUUCGACAUCAGCUGCUACGUCAAGUUCCCACAGCCCCUCCUGCAGCCACAUCCAAUUCCGCAGCCGCUGCAAAUGCCCAAGGCACGGCCACCGGCGCAAGAGCAGCAGCCGAGCGCCACCUGCGAAGAAGAGCGUCGUCAGGCCGUGGAACUUCCGAGCUACGUCGAUCACACUGCAGCAGCAGCAGCUGACGGUGUCGAUGCCAUCCCCUGGAGCCCUUUCAUGGAUCAAUGCUUUGACGACGUCUAUGCCGACCACUGCGUCGGUCUUCAUCGAACGGGUGAUCUGCAUAGCAUUUUUGGUAGCGUUGGCUUCGAUGAUAAUGUCGAUAUCCUCUUCGACGCCUCCGAAUCCAGCAGCAGGGUGGAGGAGGGCGACGGCGAUGCCGCAAAGGAUUGCAUCUUUGAGGACUCCGCUGCAACCGUGAGUAGUUUGGUGGGGGUGAGAUUGACACAGCUGCUCCAAUGAAUGUUUCGUCUCAAGAACUCGAGAAGCAGUCACAAGUUUUUGUCUGACACUUUGUUGAGCUUUCGGUGAAAGCAUAUGCUAACUCGGUUGAAAAGUUUUCUCCUCAAAUUGUGACUGCCGAUCGAUAGUUUGAUGGCUAAUUUAUCCAAGCAUUAUUUUUCUA